CAGGUCACUGUUAGCUGGCUGCAGCUGUCUGUUUAAAAGUGAGGUGGUCAUAAAAAAUUGUGGACCGAGCAGAUCCAGAGGGAGAGCAUCGGCUGAUUGUUUCUGGUGUCAAAAGAAUGAUUGCUAAAUUCACACCUGCGUUCAUGGUGAUAUUAAGUUUUGCUGCAUUCUCUGCUGGCCAACAAAAUGUGUGUACCCAAUUGGUGGCGACAGUGCAGUCCUACACGUAUUAUGUUCAAGGGAGCUACAGCUCUUCCUAUGCCUGUGGUUUUCUUUGGUUGAGUUUGAUUAUGGACUGCAUGAGUUUGUUUAUAGGUUAAGUCAUUGUGUAACAUGUAUCUAAAAAGGUUAGAACUGUAGAAAGAGUGCCUGGCUUAUAAUGGCCGUGUUACACACCAAACAAAACCAUGCCUGAGUUCUUUUCAGUAGCUACCCUUCCUUUCUCUAUUCACAUUUCAAAAGCCACCCCCUUGCCUCACCCUCUUCUUACCUUUUUCACCUCCCACACCUUAAUCCCCUUGUUUUAACCUAUUCCUCCCCCCUCCCUCCUCCCCCUCCCUCCAGAUGUGGCCCCGGCCUGUGCAGAGGAUGGUCCGUGUCUCGCCAUCCGCCCACAACAAGAGCCUCCAGUCUGAAGGCAACAGCUCUCUCAGUGUCACUGCCAGCAUGAACACUCGCUACAGGGACGUGGAAGAUGAAACCAAGCCACUCAUUAAGAGAACCCCUGUUUUAUAAUAAAUAAUUCAAGUCACUUUCUCAUUCACUGUGCCUCAGAUGCAGUGUGUAUAUUGUUUUAGUUUUAACUAUGUUGUUUGAUAC